CGCAAUGGAAUGGCCGGUAAGCACUAGACGAAGUUUUAAGCCAUGGAUGUGGCAAGGGAUGAAAAAGGCAACGCCUGCAGGCUGAUUGAGGCACUGGAGGAAGGGAGUGGCUUCAACUCAGAGGACUCCUCCAUAAUACAUUCGCCUUUCCUUGGAAAUGGUAACAUACGCAUCAGAGGUCGGAGACCUGCGUGCCACAGUUGGAACAGCGAUACAGAUCUCCCGGAGCUGACACAACCUGCGGAGGAGGAGCACGAAUGGACGGUGGGUCAGACUCGGUUCUCUUCCUUUGGUGGCUCUGCUUUGGAGUUGCGCUGGGAGGCUUUAUCCAUGUGCUCGUGGCAAGUCACCCGAAAGCACCAGGAGGCAGUUCAAAUUCUGACCAACGUCAGCGGGGCUGCCAGGGCUGGAAGACUCACUUGCAUUCUGGGCCCCAGUGGAUCUGGAAAGACUACGCUACUGAAUGUCUUAGCAGGCCGCCAAAGCGGUGGUCAACGGCAUCGGAUCAGGAUCACUGGCCAGGUUUGGAUUUCUGGUCAGAGGGUUGAUCCACGACUAGUCAGAUCACGCAUCGCAUAUGUGAUGCAAAAAGAUGAGAUGUUUGCCACUUCCACUCCAACGGAGGCUUUCAGUUUCUCAGCUUCUUUGCGCCUUUCCGGCCCUCGGGAGGAUCGGAAGGAAUUGAUCUCCGAGCUGCUGGGUUCCUUGGGACUGCGAAGUUGCGCAGAUACGUACAUUGGCAAUGCAGUCCUGAACGGCUUGUCUGGAGGUCAAAGAAAGCGGACCGCAAUUGGCGUCGAACUCAUUACUCGUCCAGACAUAGUUUGUUUGGAUGAGCCGACAAGUGGGCUGGAUUCUUUCGCUGCAUAUCAAGUCAUGAAUGUCCUGACAGAUUUGGCCAAAGCAGGGUGCACUGUCAUUUGUACAUUGCACCAGCCAAGCAGCGAGAUAUUUGCCCUCAUCGACCAGGUAAUUUGCCUUUGUGGAGGUCACUGCCUAUGGGCCGGUGACAGGGAUCAGAUGGCCAGCCACUUCACCAAGGUGGGAUAUCCUUGCCCUGUGGGCUUCAACCCUGCGGAUUUUGUCAUCUUUCUGAUGCAGACGGAGCCCAAGACAAAGACGGAUGAACUGAUUCGCAUUUGGACCCAGGAGCAAGCCGAGGCGAUGCUCCAUCGAAGCAGUGAGUCAGGUCUCUCCGUAAGUUCAGCCGCAGAUGAGCAUGAGCUUUGCAGGACUCCAAAGGGCCGUGAACGAAGAGCAUUUUUUGCAUCAUCAGUUCAGAAAAGCUUUGGCAAACAGCUGAAGCAAUUGGCCAAGCGGGAAUUGCGAGCCGUGGUUCGGGAUCGAACCACCCUGGCAGUGAGGUUCUGCCUCUCAGUGGUUCUGACUUUCCUCUUUGGCCUCGUCUUUCAGGGGGUGGGUCGAACCAUUUUGGAGACCAAGGAUCAGAACAUCUUCGACCAGAUGUGGACGGGUCUCUCAUAUGCUGAAGUCACUGCUCUGCGGAAGCGGAAGCUUGAAUGGCAUUUCAACGCUUUGGUCCAAGUUGCCCUGGUGGCGAUGUUCAGUGCCUGCCAACCGGUGAUUCUGACAUUUCCGUUGGAGAGAUCAGUAUUCCUUCGGGAGUACAGCAGUGGCACCUACAGUGUGUUGCCAUACUACAUGUCCAAAAUGGUCGUCGAGGUCCCUUUGGUAUUUGUGCAGUCGCUGAUGACGCUGGGACUGUGCUACGUGGUGAUGUCAUUGAAUGGGAACUUUUGGGCACUGCUAUGGACUAUCGUGCUUCUUUCGGUGUGCUCAGUGUCUGUUGCUCUUGCCAUCAGUUGUGCGGUUCGACAACCUCGAGAAACUGGAGCAGUGGGACCAUUGGUUUUUGUGCCGCAGAUGCUCUUCUCAGGAGUGUUCAUCCCGGUCAGCCACAUGCCAGUCUAUCUACGCUGGAUGCAGUACUUCAGCUUCCUUCAGUACGCUAUCAAGAUCCUUGGGGUGGUGGAAUUCAAGAAUGUUCCCCACAAAGAACUUGUACUAGACGCACAGGACAUUCUUGAGGAUAGUGUCCCAGUCUAUGUAGGCUUCCUCGUGAUGAUGGUGCUGAUCUUCUCCAUCACCGGCAUUCAGAUGCUGCGAAAUAAAGCAACCCAUCUAUUCUGAACGGUCACAGAUGGUCACAGUUCCCAUAUGCAGGCUGAGCCCACCAAGAGCAACCCCGGCUUUCGGCAAGUUGAUG